GUUGCCUAGUGACGAAAAAACUGUGCAGCAGGGCUGAUUUCCUGCGUUUCCAACAUCUCGUCGCUGGCGCUGACCUAGGGGGAAGUUUUUUCUCCCAGCAGAUUUGUUUGCGUCGCAUUCACAGCAGGAUGCGGGACUGAAUAGAGCUGUUACGCUUGACGGGAGCGGGUCCUGUAAACUUUUGGCGUUUCGGGCCUCGUAAUGAAGCGUUUUGAGGAAUGAUGAAUAAUUACACUUUCAUCAGGGUCGUUGGGAAAGGGAGCUAUGGGGAGGUGAACUUGGUGAAACACAAAACAGACCGUAAACAGUAUGUUAUAAAGAGAUUGAAUUUGACCACCUCCUCCAAACGUGAACGACGUGCUGCGGAGCAGGAGGCGCAGCUGCUGUCUCAACUGCGCCAUCCCAACAUUGUGACUUACAAGGAGUCCUGGGAAGGAGAUGACUGCCAGCUGUACAUUGUGAUGGGUUUCUGUGAAGGUGGAGACCUCUAUCACAGGCUUAAACAACAAAAAGGAGAGCUGUUACCCGAGAGGCAGGUGGUGGAGUGGUUUGUCCAGAUAGCCAUGGCAUUGCAGUACCUACAUGAGAGGAACAUUCUUCAUCGGGACCUUAAAACGCAGAAUAUCUUCCUGACGAAAACCAACAUCAUUAAAGUGGGGGACCUUGGCAUUGCCCGAGUACUGGAGAACCAGAAUGAUAUGGCCAGCACACUCAUAGGAACCCCAUACUACAUGAGUCCUGAACUCUUCUCUAAUAAACCUUAUAACCACAAGUCAGAUGUCUGGGCCCUGGGCUGCUGUGUAUAUGAGAUGUCUACACUGAAACACGCCUUCAAUGCCAAGGACAUGAACUCACUGGUGUAUCGUAUUGUAGAGGGAAAGCUUCCACAGAUGCCCAGUAAGUAUGAGCCCCAGCUUGGAGAUUUAAUCAAAAGCAUGCUGUCUAAGAGACCUGAAGACAGGCCCGAUGUCAAACUCAUUCUCCGGCAGCCCUACAUAAAACGACAAAUUGCCAUGUUCCUUGAGGCAACAAAAGAAAAAACUGCCAAGUCACGAAAAAGACCUGUUGGUGGCAGUGGUGAUUGUAGGACCAGCAGUGUGUCACCUGUGAUGUCAUGUCAGCCAAAGCCUGAGAGGCUGGCUCCCAGUCCACAACCUGAACCUCGUGCCAGGGUAAAGCGGAAAGACGACAAAUCGCAACACUUUAAAGGCCGGAACGGUGUGGUAGACAGCACUCCCAUCCAGACGCCUCCGCCAUUCAAACCCUCUUCACCUGAUGCUCUCAGAGCAUCCCUGCUUACUGUUAGCAAUAUCGAUAUUGAUAUCCACGUGCAGCUGGACAAUGACCUGAUACAGAGACAGGUGCAGAGGCCCCAGCCUGUCGUGUCGCAUCACCGGGCAGCUAAUGAACCUCUCACGCACAAUGUGAGCAAAGACAGCAAGGUGAGAGGGAAACCAGAUCCCUCUCCCCCUCCUUCGCCACUAAAGCCCCCUCUGAAGUCUGUAUCAGGUGUUUGCAGCACGAGAGAAGACGAAGGGAGGGUGGCCGGUGACUUGUCUGACUUUCAGCGACAGGCCAAAUCAAACCCUGGGGACAAGUUAUCUAUCUCGGGGGAGAAUAAGAUUUCAGAUAUGGAUGAUAAGGAUGACACCAUGGAGUUACUGAAAAAAGCUGAUCCACAGGACCCAAAUCCAGAAAACGAGGUUCUAGAAGCAGAUGCAGACAAUAAGAACAACACUGUGACUCUUUUCAAGCAUGCUCCAGCACACCUACCUACCUCAGACAUCCAAGAAAGCCUAGAAUCUACUGAAAAGCUGUUAGAGCCACUCCCUCCACCACUGGAACCCGUUAAGGAAGAAUCUCCCUUACAAGCCAGUAAGCCAGAUCGAGCUGCUACAUGUCUAACUCCUCUGUACCUAUCAUCAGAACCAUCUAUAUCACAGCAGCACAGAGGAAAGCACACAAGACAGAAACAUGAGGACCAGGACAAGUCCAAGGUGGCCGCUCUUAGACCUUUACCUCAGCUUCCUGUUGAUACUGUAGCUGUGGAGGGGAAAAAGAGGAGCAGGAGGAACUCGGAGACCAAGAAAGCUGAUGUGACUGUGACCUCAGAAUCAGUUAGCUCCCAUAAUGAUGGACUUUUACCAGCACCACAGGAUCGUCCCCUCUCUGCAAGAGAGAGAAGAAGACUGAGGCAGUCCCAAGAGAGUGCCAGACAACCAUGUGUUAGUGCUGUACGGAGGGCAUCUUAUGAUGUCACGUCCACCAAGGCUGAGCACGACAGUGCCCCAUUUACUCGAUCUGUGUCUGCCUCUUUUGCAGAGUCCAAUAGUAAGCAGGAUAAACUGCUGGAGCAAAAGUCAGAUGAAGAUGAAUGCAGCUCAUCCACAAGUUCCACAGAGCGUUCAGAAGGAGACUGCAGGGAAAGAAAGACUGAAUCCAGCGACAUGCACGACUUAGUUAAUAUGAUGACUCAGACUUUGAGAAUGGAUGUUGGAGAUGGUGUAAGCGAGGGGGACAGAGGCAGAUUUGGCUCUACCGCACUGCCAGAGUUUAAACUGAACAGGAAGUACAGGGAUACCCUGUUGCUUCAUGGGAAGGCUCGAGAGGAAGCGGAGAACUUGUCACUCGGUCAAAUAGAAGGCUCUCCAUCUGGUCCGGCCAAAAUAAGAAGAGCCAUAGAACGUCUGAGAACAGAUGUGGUGAAGGGCCUGGGGGUCAAGCUGUUGGACAAAGUGCUGGAAGUGAUGGAGGAGGAGGAUGACGCCAAAAGAGAACUGUGCCUUCGCAACCUAAUGGGAGAUGAGAAGUACCAAGCCUAUGCUGUAAUGGUGAGGCAGCUGAAAUUCUUUGAGGAUAUGGCCUUUAAGAUUUAAAAAGCACUAUAUAUGAAAGCUUAAAUGUUUUUCACAAUCGUCUGUGUGGAAACCCCGAAGUAAGCUGGAGCAACAAAUCUUAAAUGAUGACGCACAUCAAGAUGGUCUUUGCAAGAAAUAUACCAGCAUUCAUGUUCAAACAUGGACUGAAUUGAAAACUGCUCAAAGGCAUUUUUUACUAACAGUCCCAACAUGAUUGUUUGGGACUGUUACAUUUUUUUCCAGACAACAUGCAAGAUCUCACUUCUGACUGCAGGUUUUGUCAUGGGACUGUCAUACAGAUAUAAUCUUAUUGUGUACAUCACAUGUAAAUGAAGUUAAUUUCUUUCUCUUUUUUUAAAACUUAAUUUCAGUAUAAACACAAAAUGUGAAAGCAUCUAAGGAUUUUCCAGAUCCCUAUGCAAAUAUUUUUGUCAUGUUUAAGCACGCUGUCUUUCCAUUUGCUGUAGAGGAAUAUCACCUUAUUUAUAAUGCAAACCAGAAUUUCUAGAAUGGUUACAUCUGUUGAGGACACUAAAUCUUCCCCCUACUGCUCAAUUGUAUUUUCUUAUAGCCAAAAUAAUGUAAAUUAGAUGUAGAUAUUAACAUGUGAACAAUUUCUAAUAAAUCCUUAAUGUAUUUCUUGUUUAUUUUUCUUGUUCUUGUUUUAUGUUGAAAACCAGAAUAAAACAUUUAAUUGAUAAAAGAACUAAAA